UUUAAGAUUUUAUAUAAUAUUUAUAAAUUUUUUUAUUUUGUAAUAAUAAAAUUUAAUAUUAAUUCAAUAUUUUAUGAUAAUUAUAAAUAUGACUGCAAAAGUAUAUCAACCAGAUCAAGAAUUGGAGACAAAAGUUAAGAAAGCGACUGAACGUAUAUCUGAAAAUAUGCAUAUAGUUGCAAAUGAACCAUCUCUUGCAUUUUAUAGAUUACAAGAACAUGUAAGAAAAGCAUUGCCUCCAAUGGUGGAGAAAAGAGUUGAAGUACUUGCUCUUCAACAGCAACUUUUAGGUAGAUGUUAUGAUGUAGAAUAUGCUGUAAGUGCUAUUAAAACAAUGUAUGGUGCUGAAAAGAGUUUUGAAAAUACUUUAGAAUUCAUAAAAAAUGCUAUAUUUCUUAAACAACAAUUAAAGUACGAAGAACAACGUAGACACAAAAAAGAUAGUAAUAGAGAUUCUGUAUAUAAAAGACUUUCUGCACAUAUUCCUACUUUAGAUCAUUUACCAGAUGAAAUUUCUGAUGUUGUAAGAGAAACUGCCAAUAGAGUAGAAUCUAUGAUGAAUCAUGCCAGAUAUUCUACUGAUAGUCAAAAAACAAAUUAAAAUGACAAUAAUGUUAAUGUUUAGUUAAUUAAAAUUUCAUUAGUUAUUAAAUAUUCAUUAAAUUCAGUUUAUUAAGUUUAUUAAAAUUUUUUAUUUUUAGAAAGAUAUAAAUAUAGAUAUUAUGAUAUAUAUAUAAUAAUCAUAACUAAUUUGUAAAAAUUUAUAUAAACGAAUUGAUAUAGAUUUAAUUAACUUAUAUAGAAAAUGCUGUAUAUUGUCAAAAAAAUGCAUAAAAUUCUAACUAAAUAUUUUAACAUUUAUUUUGUAUAUAAAGUAUAUUUAAAAAUUUUUUAAUUUAAUUAAUAUUCUUUUUGCCUAGAAUUAAAAAAAAAAAUUAUAAAAAUAUCAUAAAAAUUAUUUUAAAUUAUAAAAAAAUUUUGUAGAUGUCGUUAAAAUUCAUACAUCAAAGUGUUAUAUUUUAGGUAAAAUUAACGUAUAAAAUGUUUUAAUUAAUAUAUAAAAUUAUGAUUAAAAAAAUGAUAUAGUGAGCAUAUCAAUUUUAUGUAGUUAAUAUUUAUGUGAAAUAUGUUUUAUUUUCGGACAAAUUUUACGGUAUGUUGAUCAUUCAAUACUUUUGCUUUUUUUAGGUUAUGCUUAUUUAGUUAUUUAAUUUUAAAAAAUAAUCUUAUUGUUUAUUGGUAAUUUUGUUAUAUUAUAAUAAUGACAAUGAUUAUGAUCUUUCAGAUUAUUUAUAUAUAUGAUAGUUAUGUAAUAAUAUAUUUAUAGUCUUCUUAAAUGAAAUAUUAAUUUAUAAUACUAAUAUUAUAAACAUUUUAAAUAUUGAAUUAUAAUUAAAUUAUAUACAUUUUGCAAAAAUUUAUAAUAAAAAUUUAUAUAUUAAUUAAAAUUUAUGUGGAAAUGCAAAAACAAAAAUACAAUGUUACAAUAAUUUUAUAUUUGAAUAUCAUGUGAUCUUUUAAAUAAUGUAAAAUUACAAUAAUUUACAUAAUAUUUUAUAAAAUUAAAACUGUAUUUAGAAAAAAAUAAACAUAACAAUGAAAUCAACAAUUA